GAGAGCUCCUGCUGCACAGCAGGCAUGCUUCAGGCUGCGGGGCCCAGCUGCAGGAUGCAGGCUUAGCUCCGCUGUGCCCCAGGGGCAUGCAGCACGAGGCUGGCAGGACGGCCGUGAGCAGGAGAAAUUGCUGCCGGCCCUUCUCCUCGCUCAGGGGCCGCAAGCCACGUGGCGGACAGCUGGCGGCUGAGCAAAGGAGAGACUCGUCUCCUGCCUGCGCCUCUGGGCUCCAAGGCGCCCGGGGGGCAGGGAGCAAAGCUCAGCUGCGGCCUCUGUCAGGGCAGCCCGUCAGUAACUCCGGUGCUCUUGCCUUUAGGCUUUGGAGAAACCCACCAGCAUGGACGGAGCCUGGGUGGGGACCUGGAGACCUCACCGCCCACGCGGCCUCAUCUCGGCCCAGUUCCCCAGCCCCGGGCCGCAGUACGCCAUCCCAGCGACAACAGGUUACGUGGGCCACAGCCCCACCAAAGCCCGCGCCCCUGCAUACACGUUUAGAGGGACCAAACCGCCUGCGGCAGAGAGCUGCGGGCCAGGUCCCUGCUACUUUGUGGAGCCCGCCAUGACCAGGAAUGGGAAGUACGUGGCUCCAUGCGCCCACCUCCGGGGACGACCCAAGACAGAGACCACCGUCACCCCCGGACCAAGUGACUACCGCACCGAGGCAGCCAACAGGCACGUCUUCAAGUGCCCACCGGUGCAGUCCAUGGCCUUCCGGCGGGAGCCCUUCCAAACCGACCGCACGCCAGGUCCUGGCACCUACACGCUGCCCAGGCUGAUGGGGCCCAACACAGCCUACACAUCGGCCAGCCCCUGCUACUCCAUGAGAGGGAGGAGCCAGCGCGGUCGCUUUGAUGAGGACCUUGCCAAGACUCCGGGUCCCGCGGCAUUACCCAAGUUGCUGUGGAUGCCUACAAAACCAGGGCGCCCGCGUACACCAUGGGAGCCCGACCAAAACCUGGAGGGGCCAAAGCAGCGAAGCCCGGGCCGGCAGACUACAGCGUAGGCCGGG